UAGACAAAGUGAGCUUUCUCUCAACUCAUCUCUUUCUCUCUCUCUCCCCCCCCGUUUACUGGUACGCCUAUUUCUGUCGAACGCGCACCCUCUCCAUUGGUUUGUUCGCGGGGUGGGAGUAACCUUGUUUGUUUGUUUCGUAUAUUAUCACCUCUUACCACAUUGCCAAGAAACUUACGGCAAUUCAAAUGUCUCAAGCAUUUUGAAUCUCGCUCGCCCAACUGGUGUGUAUGUUUUCCGAAUUCCCUUAUGAGAUUUUUAUGUUAUCUGCACGCACUAUUGCGUAUUCUGUAUCUGGAUUCAAAAAUCAAUUUGACAACCGGUGAGAUCUGAAACUGAACAAUAUCGAAUUAGUCGUAAUGAGUGAAAUAUGGAAAAACACGGGGAUCAUGCAAGUUUCUUGUUUUUUAUUUUUUUUUUAUGUUUAAAUUGUUGAACGUGUGAUUUCUUGAGGGGUUUUCUAGAAUAAAUUUCAUCUGGGAAUUGGGUUUCUGUGAGUGUAAGUGUGUAACUUUUAAUUAAGGCUUUUUUUUUUUCCUGUUUGAGUUUCUGUUUCUUUUUUUUUUUAUCUAUUUAUUUUUCUUUCCGGGUGGGGGGAUUGGAGUCGGGAGGUGGCUGUUGGUGAUGAAGACAGAGACUGGAAUGGGUGGUGGAUUUUGGAACGACGAGGAUAAAGCCGCGGUUGUGGCAGUUCUUGGUGCUCGGGCUUUCGAAUAUUUGAUGAAGAGCACUGUGUCUUCGGAAGGUUUGAUGACGGCUGUUGGGAACGACGAGAAUUUGCAAAACAAGCUUUCGGACCUCGUCGAGGGCCCGAACGCUUCAAAUUUUACCUGGAAUUACGCAAUCUUUUGGCAGAUUUCAAGUUCGAAGACUGGAGAGUUGGUUUUGGGUUGGGGAGAUGGAUAUUGCAGAGAGCCGAAGGAAGGGGAAGAGUCCGAAGCUACCCACAACCUAAGCUUCCGGUUUGAAGACGAAACUCAGCAGAAGAUGAGGAAGAGGGUCCUGCAGAAGCUUCACACUUUCUUUGGAGGUUCCGAUGAGGAAAGCUAUGCAUUUGGCUUGGACAGGGUCACAGACACGGAGAUGUUCUUCCUUGCUUCCAUGUACUUCUUCUUUCCUCAGGGUGAGGGGGCUCCUGGUAAGGCGUUUGGAUCAGGUAAGUACCUGUGGAUUUCGGAUGCCUUGAAAUCACCUGAUUACUGUGUCCGAUCGUUCCUUGCGAGGUCUGCUGGGCUCCAGACUGUUGUUCUUGUCCCCACAGAUACUGGAGUGGCCGAAUUGGGAUCAGUCAGAUCCAUUUCUGAGAAUUUGGAGGUGUUGCAGACAAUAAGGUCCAUGUUCUCAAAGUCCGCCGCCUUCCCUAUCCAGGUCAAACCGUUACCAGCUUCCAAUGAGAAGAAAGAUAGUAGUGCAAUUGCAUCAGAUUCCAGGACCGUGGAACGAGCAGAUGAGUUCCCAAAGAUUUUUGGUCAGGAUCUGAACCCCAUUCGGUCUAAUUCUCAGCACAGUGAAAGGCUCGUUGUUGCAAAGGUGGAGGAGAGGCAAUGGGAUGUAUACAAUGGGAAUAGGCUUCCAUUUAACAAUAGGAAGAGUGUUCAUGGGUUUGGGCCUUCAUGGUUCCAUGGUAUAAAACCAGGGGCAAUUGCUGAGGUUAUCAGCCCGCAAAAUCCUGGAAACAAUCAGCAAAAGCUUGGGCAUACUGUUCUUAUGAUCAAUAACAACAUUGAGCCUUCCCAUCGAUCCUUUGGCCACUGUAAUGGGAUCAGGGAAGACACUCGGUUGAACCCAUUUCAGGCACAGAUGCAAGCACAGAGACAAAUUGAUUUCACUGGGACAACUUCAAGGUCUCCUGUGAUUACUCGGCAGAGUGCCAUAGAAUCAGAGCACUCAGAUGUUGAGGCAUCAUGCAAGGAAGACCGUCCAUGCACAGUGGACGAGCGAAGGCCCAGGAAACGGGGCAGGAAGCCUGCAAAUGGAAGAGAGGAGCCCCUUAACCAUGUUGAGGCUGAGAGGCAGCGCCGGGAGAAGCUUAAUCAGCGGUUCUAUGCAUUAAGGGCCGUCGUGCCCAAUAUCUCCAAGAUGGACAAGGCCUCCCUGCUCGGAGAUGCCAUAACCUACAUCACUGAACUUCAGAAGAAACUCAAGGACAUGGAAUCAGAGAGAGAAAAGUUUGGCAACCAGUCAAGAGACACUGUAGCUUCAGAAGCCAAUUCUGUUGGAGAUGAUCGGAAGCGAGGCCCAGACAUCGACAUUCAAGCCCUUCAUGAUGAGGUUAUUGUAAGGGUAAACUGCCCAUUGGAUGUUCAUCCUGUAUCAAGAGUCAUCCAUGCAUUCAAAGAAGCACAAAUCACUGUGGUGGAAUCAAAGAUCUCUGCCGGAAAUGAUACCGUCUUCCACACAUUUGUGGUCAAAUCUCAAGGAUCUGAGCAGCUUACAAAGGAGAAGUUGAUUGCUGCAUUUUCUCAUGAAUCGAGCACCUUAUAACCUUUCUCCUUGAAUUAGGUGUUAUGGGAUUCAACUCCACUGUAGAGUAAUGUUUGUAGAAUGGAAAAUCUAUUGGAGAGCUAUUGCAAA